CCGCGGCGGCGAUGCCAGGGCCCUGGCCAGGGCUGCGCAGGGCGCUUCUCGGCCUCUGGGCUGCCCUGAGCCUGGGGCUCCUCCGUCUCUCAGCGGUCGCGCAGGAGCCCUUCUGGGCUGACCUGCAGCCCCGAGUGGCGCUUGUGGAGCGCGGGGGGUCGCUGUGGCUGAAUUGCAGCACGAACUGCCCACGGCCGGAGCGCGGUGGCUUGGAGACCUCGCUGCGCAGGAAUGGGACCCAGAGGGGUUUGCGUUGGCUGGCACGGCAGCUAGUGGACAUCCGCGAGCCCGAGACCCAGCCUGUCUGCUUCUUCCGAUGCGCGCGGCGCACUUUGCAGGCGCGAGGGCUCAUCCGUACCUUCCAUCGACCGGAUCGCGUAGAGCUGGUGCCGUUGCCCCUGUGGCAGCCGGCGGGCGAGAACUUCACCCUGAGCUGUAGGGUUCCGGGUGCGGGACCCCGUGGGAGCCUCACGCUGACCCUGCUGCGGGGCUCCCAGGAGCUGAUCCGCCGGAGUUUCAAGGGGGAACCACCCCGAGCGCGGGGCGCGGUGCUUGCUGCCACGGUGCUGGCGCGGAGGGAGGACCACGAGGCCAAUUUCUCCUGCCGCGCGGAGCUGGACCUUCGGCCACACGGGCUGGGACUGUUUCAAAACAGCUCGGCCCCUAGACAGCUCCGGAUCUUUGUCCUGUCUCCCGAGCCCCCGCGCCUGUCCGCUCCCCGGCUCUUGGAAGUGGGCUUGGAAGAGCCAGUGAGCUGCGCCUUCGACAGACUUUUCCCAGCCUCGGAGGCCCAGGUCUACUUGGCUCUGGGAGACAAGACCCUGCGUCCUGAAGUCACGCGCGAGGGGGACGCGCUCACGGCCACUGCCACAGUUACAGCGAGCGCAGAGGAAGAGGGCACCAGGCAGCUGGUCUGCAACGUGAUCUUGGGAGGCGAAAGCCGUGAGACCCGGGAGAACGUGACUGUCUACAUUUUCCAGGCGCCCCUCCUAACCCUGAGCGAGCAACUAGCCCCCGAGGGGACGACGGUGACAGUUACCUGCACCGCUGGGACCCGAGCCUUGGUCACACUGGAUGGAAUUCAAGCCGUGACCCCGGGGCAGCCUGCCCAGUUCCAGCUAAACGCCACCGAGAAUGACGACAAGCGCACCUUCUUCUGCGAGGCCACCCUCGAGGUGGACGGGGAGACCUUGAGCAAGAACGGGAGCGCAGAGCUCCGAGUCCUCUAUGCACCCCGGUUGGACGAUUCGGACUGCCCCAGGAGCUGGACGUGGCUGGAAGGCCCGGAGCAGACGUUGCACUGCGAGGCCCGCGGAAACCCCGCGCCCUCGGUGCACUGCGCCCGGCCAGACAGCGGGGCGGUGCUGGCGCUUGGCCGGCUAGGUCCUGUCACUCGAGCACUCGCCGGCACCUACCGCUGCACGGCGGCCAAUGCCCAGGGCGAGGCGGUCAAGGACGUGAUGCUGACAGUGGAGUACGCACCAGCGUUGGACGUCGUGGGCUGCCCGGAACGCAUUACGUGGCUGGAGGGAGCGGAGGCCUCGCUAAGCUGUGUGGCCCAUGGGGUCCCGCCGCCCACUGUGAUCUGUGUGCGCUCCGAUGAGAAGGAAGAGGUCUUUGAGGGGCUGCUGCGCGUGGCCCGGGAGCACGCAGGCACUUACCGCUGUGAAGCCGCCAACGUGCGAGGCUCAGCGGCGAAAACAGUGACAAUCACGGUGGAAUAUGGCCCCAGAUUUGAGGAGCUGAGCUGCCCCAGCAAUUGGACAUGGGUGGAAGGGUCUGGGCAGCCGUUUUCCUGUGAGGUCGAUGGGAAGCCAGAGCCAAGUUUGGAGUGCGUCGGCUCCGGGGGCGCCAGUGAGGGACUGAUGCUGCCGCUGGUAUCCCCCGCGCCCACUCCAAGAGCCCCCCGGACCCCUAGUGCCCUGGCACCGGGCAUCUACAUCUGCAACGCCACCAACCCGCACGGCUCCGUGGUCAAGACGGUCGUCGUGAGCGCUGAGUCGCCACCGGAGAUGGACGAAUCCACCUGCCCGAGUAACCAGACUUGGUUGGAAGGGGCCCAGGUGGUCGCGCUUGACUGUGUUUCCCGGGGCCUCCCCUCUCCACUGGUGCGGUGCUCCAAGGAGGGCACGCCCCGGCCCCGCCCGGAGGGACAGCGCGUUUCCCGAAAUGACGCGGGCACCUACCUCUGCGUGGCCACCAACGCGCACGGCACGGACGCCCGGACUGUCACUGUGGGCGUGGAAUACCGGCCGGUGGUGGCUGAGCUGGCAGCCUCACCCUCCGGAGGAGUGCGGCCUGGCGGGAACUUCACGCUGACCUGCCGCGCCGAGGCGUGGCCUCCAGCCCAGAUCAGCUGGCGCGCGCCCCCGGGGGCCUCCAACAUCGGUCUGUCCAGCAACAAUAGCACGCUGAGCGUGUGCCCUCCAGGGUUUUGCGGGCGGGCCAGUCUGUGUGAUGGACAUUUGAUCCCCCUCUGUGGAAGAAGGGCAGAGGGAAAAUGGGGAGCCCCAACUAGCUCUCUCCCCGCAGGUCCGUGGCUGUGGAUUGCCGUGGGGGGCGCGGCGGGGGGCGCAGCGCUGCUGGUCGCCGGGGCCGGCCUGGCCUUCUACGUGCAGUCCACCGCCUGCAAGAAGGGCGAGUACAACGUGCAAGAGGCUGAGAGCUCCGGGGAGGCCGUGUGCCUCAAUGGCGCGGGCGGGGCCCCAGGCGCAGAAGGUGGACCCGAGGGGGCGGGCUCCGCAGAGGCGCCGGCGGGGGGCGAGGUCUUCGCCAUCCAGCUGACCGAGGCGUGAGCCAGAGCCCCUCUCCCUGC